AUGGGUGAUUUUGUUCCAGUUGAAGAUGAAACCCUAUCAGUAACGAGUGCUGGUGGUCGUAUACCAGCGAUCGAUGGUCAGUUAGUUGUGGGAAAUGAUGAUGAACUAAACUCAACAAUUGAUAAAAAUGUUCAAUCGCAACAAAUACAAACCGUUCGUCCGCGAUCAAAGAUAGAAACCGAUUACGAUGCCAUUGAGUCUUUAGAAUUAGUAUUAAACAGUGUUGUUAAAGUGUUUUGUACAUCAACACCAUGCAAUUUUUAUCUACCCUGGCAAAAAAAACGCCAAGUUGUUCGUACAUCGUCAGGGUUUAUAAUCAAGAAUAAAUGGAUUUUGUCAAAUGCUCAUGCUGUGACAAAUGCAUCGAGUAUUCGUAUUCGUAAACACGGUGAUGCCACGAAAUAUCCCUCUCGUAUAUUGUAUAUAGCUCAUGAAUGUGAUUUGGUUAUAAUGACAGUCGAUGAAGAAAAAUUCUGGAAUGGUUUGGAACCAUUAACAUUUAGUUAUGAUACUCCACGAUUGCAAGAGUCGAUAACGGUCGUCGGAUUUCCUAUUGGCGGUGAUAAUUUAUCAGUAACGAAAGGUGUUGUAUCAAGAGUUGUGAUGUCAUUAUAUGCACAUUCAGUUCAACAUUUGUUAACGAUCCAAAUAGAUGCUGCAACAAAUCCUGGAAAUAGUGGUGGUCCAGCUAUUCAAGGUAAGCACGUUGUUGGCAUGGCAUUUCAAGGUCAAUCACAGGCUCAAUCAAUUGGUUAUAUCGUUCCUGUAUCGAUCAUCAAACAUGUUUUGGACGAUAUUGAACGACAUGGUCAUUAUACCGCUUUUCCGCACAUGGCAUUUUACUGGCUUCCAAUGGAAAAUUUAUCUCAACGGGAAUAUUAUAAAUUAAAAGAAGAUCAACAUGGUAUUCUUGUCAUAUCUGUGGAACCAGCGUGUUGUAUUAGUCAAGUAUUAAAGAAAGACGAUGUUAUUAUGUCUCUAGAUGGUAUUCCAAUUGCUGAUGAUGGCACUGUGUAUUUUCGACGAGGUGAAAGACUCAAUUUUAAAUAUAUUGAAAAAUCAAAAUUUGUUGGAGAUACAAUCACAUUCACAAUUAUACGAGACGGCAAUGAACUGACUGUCUCAAGUCCAUUGGAUUAUAAUCAACCCAUUGUUCCUCUACAAUUACAUGAUAAACAUCCUGAAUAUUUGAUCUAUGCUGGUAUUGUUUUUACCGUCCUUAGUCGAAGUUAUUUACAAGAAUACAGUAGCACUGAAUGGACUAAAAAAGGUCCAACAAAUUUAGUAAAUUAUGCAUUAUAUAGUCAUCUUGAAGAAUUGGGUCAGCAAAUUGUCAUUAUUAAUCAGAUACUCGUCGAUGAUAUCAAUCAUGGUAUACUUUCGAGCUUAGCAAAUAGUGUGUUAGAAACAGUGAAUGAAACAAAGAUAAAGAAUAUUAAACAUUUGGCACUCGAAAUUGAUAAAAUAACGAAUAAUACAAAUGAUUCAAAACAAAAAUAUAUUCGGUUUGGUUUAGAACAUAAACAAGUAAUAGUAAUCUCAUGUGAAAGAGCAAAACAAUCUGAAACAAGAAUAUUAAAACAAAACUCAAUUGCAUCUCCUAGAAGCCCACAUUUGAUGUGA